AUGGCCCCCUCAACCACCAAAACCCUCCUCCUCGCCCUGACCCUAUCCCUCCUCGCCACAAACCCAGCCACCGCCGCCGCCUUGUUGGGAGAAGAAGACCACGAAAAUGCCCCGGAAGCCAACAACAACACAACCGGCGGCGGCUGCACAACCACCAGCACCCUCACCCUAUCGCGCCUCUCCACGCCCCCUUACUGGCCGCAGUGCUCCUGGGACGGCACCCUGAGCAUAUACUCGUCCACCGCGACGGCGACGCGCUCGGUGGACUGCCACGGCUGCACGGACGUUCGCAUCACGGCGGUGCCGGCGGUGCACUGUCCGGCCAAGAUCAUUUCGACGAUUGUGAGGGUUGGGACGGCCACGACGACGUAUAAGACUGUUUGUUCGGUUACGCCUGCUGCCUCCCACUCCUGA